AUGUGUGGCAGUUUCCUGAGGCGGCUGGUGGCUGAGGAGAGCUGGCACUCCACCCCUGUGGGGCGCCUCCUUCUUCCUGUGCUCCUGGGGUUCCACCUUGUGCUGCUAGCUGCCAGUGGGACCGGGGUCUAUGGCGAUGAGCAGAGCGAAUUCGUGUGUCACACCCAGCAGCCAGGUUGCAAGGCUGCCUGCUACGAUGCCUUCCACCCCCUCUCCCCACUGCGCUUCUGGGCCUUCCAGGUCAUCUUGGUGGCUGUGCCCAGUGUCCUCUACAUGGGUUGCACCAUGUAUCAUGGCAUCUGGCAUUGGGAAGACUCAGGAAAGGUGAAGAAGGAAGAGGAGACCCUGGUUCGACAAGGACACGGCAGCGCAGAUGCCUCAGGGGCUGGAAGGCCCAGGCUGCUCUGGGCCUAUGUGGCACAGCUGGGGGUGCGACUGGUCCUUGAGGGGGCAGCUUUGGGAGGGCAGUACCAUCUCUAUGGCUUCAAGAUGCCCAGCUCUUUCGCAUGUCGUCGAGAGCCUUGCCUUGGUAGUAUAACCUGUAAUCUGUCCCGCCCCACUGAGAAGUCCAUUUUCCUAAAGACCAUGUUUGGGGUCAGUGGACUCUGUUUCUCUUUCACUCUUUUGGAGCUUGCCCUCUGGACCUGGAGAGAUGGUAUGAGCCCCUGGGGAACUUCCUCUUCUUCCUGCCACGCCUUUGCCCUGGAAGCACAAGGAACCUUCAGUGACACUCCCACCAAUCUGCUUGGCCAGCCUUACUCCUCCAAAAUACUAUGCGCCCCCACCGUCCAGGAAAUAGGGGUAACACCUGAUGACCUCCCCAGCAGUGAAUAUAGCCAAGUGUAUGGACCCUGUCAACCAAAUGACCAAACCAACUGUCUUCCUAAAAAUUCAGAUUUGAGACCAAGAGUGCCUGCAGUCUAUGCCCAGGGCAUGAACAGAGAAAGGAGGAAAUCUGGAUGUGCUGGGUGUACAUUAGUCCGAUGUACAGUGGCAGGAAUGCCUUGUGGACCUACAAGGGGAAAACAAAAUCAGAGAGUAAGAAAUCAGAGGUAG